GCUUCACGCUGAAGCCCCUGAGCCCAACGCGGCAGCUGCCCUAGCCUGGAGGACUGGCGCUUUCCGGAGCGGCGUCUGCGGCGACCUCUCUCCGGACGCUCGGUGCCUCUGGGCUCCAAGCUCGCUCCCCGCGCGCCGGCUCCGAGCCCACCUGGCACGCACCUGGUCCAGGCCGGGGUCGGCCCACCGGCGCCAGGGCGCGCGCCAGAGGCCGUAGGGCACCGCGGAGCGCGCGCGCCAUGGGGCCGCCGCCCGGGGUCGGGGUCUCCAGCCGCGGUGGCUGUGGCUCCUCGCGAAUGCUGGCCUGGUGCUUCCUACUGGCUCUCAGUCCGCUUGCCCCCGCUUCGCGGGGGGCCGAAGCAGUGUGGACCGCGUACCUCAACGUGUCCUGGCGGGUUCCGCACACCGGAGUGAACCGCACUGUGUGGGAGCUGAGCGAGGAGGGCGUGUACGGCCAGGACUCGCCACUGGAACCUGUGGCCGGGGUCCUGGUACCGCCCGACGGGCCCGGGGCGCUCAAUGCCUGUAACCCGCACACCAAUUUCACGGUGCCCACGGUUUGGGGAAGCACUGUGCAAGUCUCCUGGUUGGCCCUUAUCCAGCGCGGCGGGGGCUGCACCUUCGCAGACAAGAUCCAUCUGGCUUAUGAGAGAGGGGCGUCUGGAGCCGUCAUCUUUAACUUCCCGGGGACCCGCAAUGAGGUCAUCCCCAUGUCUCACCCGGGUGCAGGAGACAUUGUUGCAAUCAUGAUUGGCAAUCUGAAAGGAACAAAAAUUCUUCAUUCUAUUCAAAGAGGCAUACAAGUAACAAUGGUCAUCGAAGUAGGGAAAAAACAUGGUCCUUGGGUGAACCACUAUUCAAUUUUCUUCGUGUCUGUGUCCUUUUUUAUUAUUACGGCAGCAACUGUGGGGUAUUUUAUCUUUUAUUCUGCUCGAAGAUUACGGAAUGCAAGAGCUCAAAGCAGGAAGCAGAGACAACUAAAGGCAGAUGCUAAAAAAGCUAUUGGAAGACUUCAGCUACGCACACUGAAACAAGGAGACAAGGAAAUUGGCCCUGAUGGAGAUAGUUGUGCUGUGUGUAUUGAACUAUAUAAACCAAAUGAUUUGGUGCGCAUCUUAACCUGCAACCAUAUUUUCCAUAAGACAUGUGUUGACCCAUGGCUGUUAGAACACAGGACUUGCCCCAUGUGCAAAUGUGACAUUCUCAAAGCUUUGGGAAUUGAGGUGGAUGUUGAAGAUGGAUCGGUGUCUUUACAAGUCCCUGCAUCCAAUGACACAUCCAAUAGUGCCUCUCCCCAUGAAGAGGAUAAUCGCAGUGAGACUGCAUCAUCUGGAUAUGCUUCGGUUCAGGGAGCAGAUGAACCGCCUCUGGAGGAACAUGUGCAGUCAGCAAAUGAAAAUCUACAGCUGGUAAACCAUGAAGCAAGUUCUGUGGCAGUGGAUGUCGUUCCUCAUGUUGACAACCCAACCUUUGAAGAAGAUGAAAUUCCUGAUCAAGACACUGCUGUUCGAGAAAUUAAAUCAUAAAAUCUGUGUCAAUAGAAACCUUGGAACUAUAGUAAUAACGGGUCUGCCAAUCAGGGCCUACUUUACUUAAUGAACUGGGUAAACUUAAUAAAAUAAGAAUGAUACUGAAAGUGCUGAGAUGACUAAUAUUAAACUAUAGUUAAAUGGCUUAAAUAGUUAACCUAUUAACUUUUUUCCACAAACUCAUUACAAUGUUUUUCAUAGGCAAGUUUCCUCUCAAUAGUGAUGGCAACAUUUUUAAACAUUCAAAACUAUCUUCAAGUAGUCAUGGCUUUUCAUUUAUAACAACUUUCUUAUAAAACAUGUUGCUUUUAAAAUGUGGAGUAGCUGGAAUCGAUUUAUUUUAUAGUAGUAUUUUAAUUAAAAAUAAUACUAUUUUAGCUUGGGCUAUAUGUGUCAGGGUUUUUCUCCAGGUGCUUAUAUUGAUCUGGAAUUAUAAUGUAAAAAGCAAUGCAAACUUAGAUUAGUACUUCAUGAAAUGUCUACUUAAACUACAUUAAGUUGAUAGAACAAAAUAAAGCAAAAUAUUCAUUUUAACUUUCUCUUCUUUUUAAAAUUAGGCUAAAUGUACUCAUAUGAGUGUUGAGCAUAGUUUAUCAGAGACUGUGGACUGAAUUGAUUGAUAUUGGUAUAUUAGUGACACCGAUUUAACACAAGAUUAUAGACAAAAAGUUUUCUCAGAAAAAUACUGUACAACUAUUUCUCAAACUUGUGAGAUUUUCAAAAGCACAGGAUAUAAACUGCCAUACCAUUUGCAAAUGGUAAAGACAAAGGAAAUCACAAAAAUUGGUAAUUGAUCUUUGUGUAUGAAUUAGUCUACAGAAAAUGUUCUGUAAAAUUUGUCUGUAGAAAAUGUUUUCCAAAGUUGACUUUGAAAAUUGAGUUUACAUUUGGCCCAAGUGGGCUAAAAUUACAUUAAACUAAAAUUCUGUCCAUGUAGCUAUAAUUUUGUGAAUGCAUUUUCUUGGUGUUUGAAAAAGAAUUGGGGUGGGGGGGAGAAUUCCAGGUGCCUUAAUAUAAAGUUUGAAGCUUCAUCCACCAAAGUUAAAUAGAGCUAUUUAAAAAUGCACUUUAUUUGUAUUCUAUGUGGCUUCUCUUUUAGUUUUGUUUCCAGUGCAAAUUCUAGCAGAAUUUAGAAAAAAGUAGAACAGACAAGUAUUUUUGUUUGUUGACUGCAGAAUGAAACCAUUGCAUUCUUGUACACUGAUUUGAAAUGCUGUAAAUAUGUCCCAAUUUGUAUUGAUUCUCUUUAAAUAUAAAAUGUAAAUAAAAUAUUCCAAU